CGUGUCACUCAGCCUGGCAGGCCCGGCUCUCACGCUUCAGCUUGGUGGGGGUCCCGGCUCCUCUGCUAGCCUAUCCUGUCCGGCGGCAUCGCAAACCCAACGCCCUUCCCGGCCAGGCGGAGCCCACUCUUCUUGUCAGUCAGGCGACCUAGGCCCCGCCUCUCCUGUCACUCAGCCACGAGGGCCCGCCCUGCAGUCCGAAAGGAAACGCCGCGAAAUCGGGACUGGGUCUUAGCUCCGCGGCGGGUGCUUGGUUGCCAUGGCGGCAUCUGCCACAGCGACCAGAGGCCGGCCGCUGCUGCUGGUUCUGAGCGCCCUAGGACUCUUGGCUUCAGGUGCUCCACAGCCCCCCAACAUCGUGCUGAUGCUCAUGGACGAUAUGGGCUGGGGUGACCUGGGUGUGAAUGGAGAGCCUUCCAGAGAGACCCCAAAUUUGGACCGGAUGGCUGUAGAAGGGAUGCUUUUCCCAAACUUCUAUUCUGCCAACCCUUUGUGCUCACCAUCCAGGGCAGCCCUGCUCACAGGACGGCUGCCCAUCCGCAAUGGCUUCUACACAUCCAACGCGCAUGCAAGGAAUGCUUACACGCCUCAGGAGAUGGUGGGUGGCAUCCCUAACUCAGAGCACCUCCUGCCUGAGCUCCUGAAGAAGGCAGGCUAUACCAACAAGAUUGUGGGCAAGUGGCAUCUAGGUCACAGACCCCAGUUCCACCCCCUGAAACAUGGAUUUGAUGAGUGGUUUGGAUCCCCCAACUGUCACUUUGGACCUUACGACAACAAGGUCAAGCCCAACAUCCCUGUGUACAGGGACUGGGAGAUGGUUGGCAGAUUUUAUGAAGAAUUCCCAAUUAACCUGAAGACCGGGGAAGCUAACCUCACCCAACUCUACUUACAGGAAGCUCUGGACUUCAUCAGGACACAGCAUGCAAGGCAGAGCCCCUUCUUCCUCUACUGGGCCAUCGACGCCACUCAUGCACCAGUUUAUGCCUCAAGACCUUUCUUGGGUACCAGCCUUCGAGGGCGGUAUGGUGAUGCUGUUCGAGAAAUAGAUGACAGUGUUGGGAAAAUCCUGAGCCUUCUGCAGAACUUGGGCAUCAGUAAGAACACAUUUGUCUUCUUCACAUCUGAUAACGGUGCAGCCCUCGUUUCUGCUCCCAAAGAAGGUGGCAGCAAUGGUCCCUUCCUGUGUGGGAAGCAGACUACAUUUGAAGGUGGGAUGAGGGAACCUGCAAUCGCUUGGUGGCCGGGGCACAUUGCUGCAGGCCAGGUCAGCCACCAGCUAGGAAGCAUCAUGGACCUCUUUACCACCAGCCUGUCCCUUGCAGGCCUGAAGCCACCCAGUGACAGGGUAAUCGACGGACUUGACCUACUCCCCAGCAUGCUUCAGGGCCACACCAUGGACAGGCCCAUAUUUUACUACCGUGGCAACACACUGAUGGCAGUCACUCUUGGCCAGUACAAGGCCCACUUCUGGACUUGGACCAACUCCUGGGAGGAGUUCAGAAAGGGCAUUGACUUCUGUCCCGGGCAGAAUGUCUCAGGAGUCACAACCCAUACCCAGGAAGAACACACGGAGCUACCCCUGAUCUUCCACCUGGGACGUGACCCAGGGGAGAGAUUCCCACUCAGCUUUGCCAGUGAUGAAUACCAGGAUGUCCUCAGCAGGAUUACCCAGGUUGUCCAGCAGCACCAGAAGUCCUUGGUCCCUGGACAGCCCCAGCUCAAUGUGUGUAGCCAGGCUGUCAUGAAUUGGGCACCCCCAGGCUGUGAAAAGUUAGGGAAGUGUCUGACACCUCCUGAGUCUGUCCCUGAGAAGUGCUCCUGGCCCCAUUAGCCAAGACCAGAAUCUCCAGUCAGCCCUGCAAGUGUCCGGAAGGCUUUGGCCUUGGGGCUGAUGGACGAAAGAGACCAGCUGCUCUCUGCUCACCCACCACUGGUUGGAUGGCCUCUGCAACCAGUAGCAAGGUUCCAAGACUGUAUCCUGGAGACCUGACCCUGGAGUCCACAGGUGAAGAUUUCAGUGCUAUGCCAUGGAGCCACCAUCUGCCUGGCUAUCAGUCCUUACCCCCAUGUCAAUUUCCUUGGGUUACCCUCCCUCUUUUUCCACCAGCUACAAACAAGAGACAAAAAUAUCACAUCGUCCAAGCCCAAGGUGAGAUCUGUUCCUGCCCCAUGGAAAUAGGAAGGUGACAGCCUAAGUUUCUGGCUCUGGCUCAGCACAGUAUGGGUCCACUUCUGUUGUACCUGCCCUCGGUCACGUGCAGGCUACGAGAUAUAAUCUCCAAAACCCCUUCCCAGAAGGCUCAUGGGAGCUGCCUGUCCAUCAUGAACAAGUUUUCACAUCUCUGCAAUGAUUGUAGUGCCAAAGCUGAACUGUAAAGGUUGGAAAAUGAUAACGAAGAGAGAUUGAGAGACCAAGAAUAAAGGAACAGGAGGAGUGUUA